CUGUCAUUAGUUUCUCUUCAUUAAGAUCCUGAAGUAAAAAUUUGUGUGAAAACAUCAACGAGCAAUAAUUGAUGGUUUAAUGUUGACUUGAAUUUGGAUCGAACUAUAUUACCCAAUUCGGUCAAAUUGUCCAUCUCUGUUCCUAGUGAUAGUGUUAUCAAUCGUAAUGGCUGAGCUGCUAAUUGAUCCGAACAUACGCGGAUGGGUGUUUCUACCGAUAGUGGUCAUCACUUUCCUGGUUGGUAUUAUCCGUCAUUAUUUUUCGAUAUUGAUUUCCUCCCAGAAAAAAGUCGAGCUAACCCAGAUUCAAGACAGUCAAGCAAUGAUUCGGGCCCGUCUGCUGCGUGAAAACGGAAAAUACCUAACCCCGCAAUCCUUUGCAAUGAGGAGGCAUUAUUUUAACAAUGAGGAAACUGGAUAUUUCAAAACUCAGAAAAGAGCACCACCGAGCCCAAACUCAACGGCUAUGUUGUCCGAUCUGGUCAAGGGUAAUUUUAUCAACGUUCUCCCGAUGAUUGUGAUCGGUGGAUGGAUCAAUUGGAUGUUCUCUGGGUUUGUUACCACAAAGGUUCCGUUCCCGUUGACCUUGCGUUUCAAGCCGAUGUUGCAACGUGGAAUCGAACUAGCCUCGCUGGAUGCAGCUUGGGUGUCAUCUGCUUCGUGGUAUUUCCUAAAUGUUUUCGGGUUAAGAAGCAUCUAUACGUUGGUGUUAGGAGAGAACAAUGCCGCGGAUCAAACGCAAUCGAUGCAGGAUCAAAUGUCCGGUGCUGCCGUUGCAAUGCCACAGGAUCCGAAGGCGGCAUUUAAAGCCGAAUGGGAGGCGUUGGAAAUCACUGAAUAUCAGAAUGCACUAGCGAAUAUCGAGAGUGAACUUUUGGCUUCUGCUACUGCGACUGGGGAGGGAUCGAACGCUGUCCAUCAGCAGCAAAACCGGGACGAUGGAGUGCUGAGAAAUUAACCCUUCGAUAUAAAAUGCCAGUAGUUUAAUGUAAAAUUGUUGAUUUUUUUUGCUAGAUAAUCCUACUAUUCACGUUGGCGUGUAAAGUAAGGGUGGAAAAUGUUCUAUGAUGAAUGAAUCGAUUGAAAAUUUAAACUAUUUAUGUUAAUUGUAUCAAUAUUUCAAACUAGCUAAGUUUUUAAACGAUGAUGGUGGGAACACUAGCUUAGUUAGUCUAGUAAAUGACUAUGAUUGUAUGUACUAUUAUAGCUCAAAGGUAAAUAAAUACAAUGAACGAUUAAGAAAA